AUGACAUCCACCGAAGCAGAAAAACUCCCAUUUAAAGGCGAAGAUAUUUCUCCAGAUCAUGAUCAAGGUCUGUUGAAAGAAAUUGUUCGUCAAGGGACUAGUAAUGAUAAACCAUUAUAUGAUGAUCAAGUUUUUAUUCAUUAUGUUGGAAGUGAACUUGAUGGCAAAGUUUUUGUUAAUAGUCGUGAACGUGAUGAAAAAUACUCAUUUAAUUUAGGUAAAGGAGAAGUUAUUCCAGCAUGGGAUAUUGGUGUCAUGACAAUGAAACGUGGAGAAGUUGCUCGAUUUUCUGCUACACCGAAAUAUGCUUAUGGUAACAAAGGAGAAAAAAAAUAUCGAUCAGCUACAAAUGUUAUUUUUGAAAUUGAAUUAUUCGAUUUUAAUGGAAAAGAUAUAAGUGAUGAACAAGAUGGAAGUAUGAUUAAACGAAUAAUUCAACGAGGUUCAGGACGUUACUUACCAAAUGAAGAUGCAACGGUUGAUAUUAAACUCAAAGGAACCUAUCAAAACAAAAUAUUUGAUGAACGAACAAUUCAAUUUAUUGUUGGAUUACCGUUUCUUCAAAAUAUUCCUUUAGCUAUUGAUUAUGCUGUUCGUAAAAUGUAUCUCAAUGAACAUUGUCAAUUAGUUUUAAAAGGAAAAGCACUUGAAGGUUUAGAAAAACUUUCAAUUCCAAUCAAAGAUGAUACAUCUAUUCAAUGUGAAAUAACUUUAAUUAAACUUGAACGAUUAGAAGAUGAAGGAGCAUUAAGUGAUAAAGAAAAAGUUGAACAAUCCGAAUUAUUAAAAAGUCGAGCUGAUAAUCUUGUCAAAAAUAAUCAUUAUCAACAUGCUAUAACAAGAUAUCAAAUGAUUGUUAAACUUCUUACACCAAUAAAAUUUUCCGAUAGAAAUGAUCGUAUUAAAUGUCAACAAAUGCUAGUAGCUGCACAAUCAAAUAUAUCAUUAUGUUAUUUAAAAUUAGGUGAUCAUCUUCAAUGUAAACAAUAUUGUGAUAGUACAUUAGCUUUGGAUGGGAAAAAUGAAAAAUGUCUUUUUCGUCGUGGUCAAACUCAAAUUGCUUUUUCAAAUUAUGAACUGGCAAUUCAAGAUUUUCAAUCUGUUCUCAAAUUAAAUCCAUCAAAUAUUGCUGCUAAACAACAAAUUGAAGAGUGUCAACGAUUAAUUAAACAAAAUGAAAUUAAAAAAAAGGAAUCAUUUAAAUCAUUUUUUAGUGAUACAUCAAGAACAAGUUUAUUUGAUGUUGAUAAAAAAUGUCAAGAAACAAAGGAAAAAAUGCAAGAGAAAAAUGCAUUACGAUCUCUUGGUUUAGAACCGAUUAGUCUCGAAUCUUUGAAUAUUCGAAGACCAGAACCACAAUAA